GUUUUUCUCAUGCUCAGCCACUUAGCUCAAGUUUCAAACAGCUAAAUCAUGGCUUCUCUCUAUACUUUUGCGCCGCCGUCAUACUCAAUUGGAAUUCUCCGCCGUCCCUCACUCGCAAUUUGUUCCCCUUUAUUUAACCGCGUUGUUCCUGCCGGCCUUAAUUUGAACGCCAAUCUCAAUGUAAGAUUCGGUAAGGAACUUUAUCUGCAAGAAAAGAAGAGGCGGAUUCGAGUAUCUGCAUCAAAUACGAACCCUGAGAAAAAAGCAGAUGACUCUAAAUCAAGUGAUGGUGCUUCGAGUCCUCCAUUCCUAACGAUUUUAGCUGGUCUCCUAGUCUUCCUAUUCAUAUCUUGGAUAAUAGGAUCUGUUAGUAAUGUGGAUGAUGAAUCCGCGAAUUAUUGAUGAUGAGAAAUGCUCGUAAAAAUAAAUUACGAC